GCAUUCUGCUACUCAGGUCUGUUCCCGCGGCGCCGUUCGCUUCUAAAGGGUCCAUCGCUUACUCGGCGCUCGUUUGCUUUUCCUGGGCGCAAGGCAGUAUGGCGGCUGUGGUGGAGGCCGGCUCUCAGAGCCAGUUUGAGGAGCUGCUACAGAAAAGCGCAAAGUCUCUAACAGUUGUGCAUUUUUGGGCACCAUGGGCUCCGCAGUGCACCCAAAUGAACGAAGUCAUGGCCGAACUGGCGAAGGAGCAGCCACAGGUCAUGUUUGUAAAGCUUGAAGCCGAAGCCGUUCCAGAAGUGUCGGAAAAGUACGAAAUUACCUCCGUGCCAACCUUUUUGUUUUUUAAGAACUCUCAGAAGAUUGACAGAUUGGAUGGUGCCCACGCUCCGGAGCUCACAAAGAGGGUUCAGCGUCAUGCCUCAAGCACCUCUUUUCCAGCGACCCCCAACAGUGCUCCCAAAGAAGACCUCAAUAGCAGACUGAAAAAGCUGAUUACGGCUGCUCCGUGCAUGCUGUUCAUAAAGGGAUCUCCCCAGGAGCCAAGAUGUGGGUUCAGCCGGCAGAUUGUGGAUAUCCUCAACCAGCACAAGAUCCAGUUCAGCAGCUUUGAUAUACUAUCAGAUGAAGAAGUCCGUCAGGGCCUCAAAACCUUUUCCAAUUGGCCCACUUACCCGCAGUUUUACUCCAAUGGCGAACUGCUAGGCGGACUGGAUAUCGUAAAGGAAAUGGUGGCGUCUGGAGAAUUGGACCAAAUGUGCCCCAAAGCCCAGAGUCUAGAGGAGAGACUAAAGGCAUUGGUGAACAAAGCCCCAGUAAUGCUGUUUAUGAAAGGGAACAAAGAGAUGGCAAAAUGUGGAUUCAGCAGGCAGAUUCUAGAAUUAAUGAACAACACGGGUGUUAGCUAUGAAACAUUUGAUAUUCUGGAAGAUGAAGAGGUGCGACAAGGUUUAAAAACCUAUUCCAACUGGCCCACCUACCCUCAGCUUUACGUGAAAGGAGAACUUGUCGGGGGGCUGGACAUCCUUAAGGAGUUAAAAGAAAGCGGCGAAUUGGUUUCAGUUCUGAAAGGAGAUCAGUGAUACAUCUCAGCACUGGAUCAGACUCGACCCCCGCAGGAUAGUUAUACUGGAUUAGUUUAUUCCUUAUAUUGGAUAAUAAAGUUCCAUCAUUGUCCCUCACAAGGGGGUGUCCUGUACAAUCUCAUACCCAUUGGGCUGAGACACCAGUCUUUCCUUGUCUUUAGGGGUCACACGUCUGCUCACAGCAACAUUCAAAAAAUAUUUUAAUUUAAUAAACAUUGUUACAAUCA